UGCAAGGUGAGUCUCCUGCUGUCCCCGCAAACGCCUCCUUCACCUCCUCGACGCCCAUCCUUUUCCGAGAGGAGGGCGACGAGGGCGUGCGGGGGGAGGAGGAAGGGGAACAACAAGAAGCGAGGGACGGGUUGGAUAAGGAAAUCGAAGAGGAGAUAGAAAGAAUAGAAAGCGAAGAUCACGAUAACGGAGGACAUGGAGACGCGGACGUGGACGUCGAGGAGAUGAUCACGUACACUGGCGACGUCCAAGACGACUCGCCCCUCUUGUUAGACGAGGACUUCCUUCCUCCGGUGACGAGCCUGGACGAGGAGAGGCCCGAGACUCCCAUGCCCGAAGGCUGCUCCUCGCCCUUGGGCCUGACGACGGGCGAGGUCCUGGACUGGCAGAUCUCGGCCUCGUCGUCGUACCCUUCGUCGUGGGACCCCGGAUGCCACAUCAAGUACGCGCGCCUCCACCAGCCCAACGGGAGGGCCUGGUGCGCGGGGAGGAAGGCGGCGGGGGCCUGACUGGGUGCCGUGACGGGCCUCCUGACGCAGGGGAAGGCUGACGACGAGGAGUGGGUCACGUCCUUCGAGCUCUCCUACUCCCUGGACGCCUACCACUGGCACUACGCGAAGGACAUCUACAACAACAAGAAGGUUUUCCAAGCCAACGUCGACUCCCACGAGACUCGCCACAACUACGUGGAGCCGCCUGUCGUGGGUCGCUUCGUCAGGCUACACGUGCUGGACUGGCACACGCACCCGUCCCUGCGGCUGGAGCUGCUCGGAUGCCAGGAGUGCAAGCCCAUUAUCAGCGAAGGUUCCCACGUGCAGCUGUCGGCGAGCUCGUACAUGCCCUGGCGCCGUCGGAAGUCCUGCCAACCGAAGGACGCCGCCCUCCACUCCCACAGAGCUUGGUGCGCCCGCAGGAACAACGAGCACCAGUGGCUGCAGUGGGACCUGGGGCCGCCCCACCUCGUCACGGGGGUGAUCACGCGCGGCAGAGGGGACAAGGGGCGGAAACACUGGGUCCAAGCGUACACCCUCACCUACUCCAACGACUCCAAGGUGUGGUUCACCUACAAGGACGGCAACCAUUUGGAUACCAAGGUAUUCGGAGGCAACCUCGACAAGCACACGGAGAGGAGACACUACCUCAACACGCCCUUCAAAGCUCGCUACAUUCGCCUCCACCCACGGCGCUGGCACAGGGCGAUAGCGGUGCGGGCGGCCCUGUUAGGGUGCCCGCAUAAGGGGGACUGUGGCCCGGGAUUCUUCAGGGUGACGCCGGAUACCAGUUGUAAUAAACAAGGGGAUGAUCUUCAGUGGUUGUUAUUGCCUCGACAAGCUGCGUCCCCUGCAACAGAUGUUCAAACAAGACAAGGGAACUUUUUCAAUGUUGGAAGGCUAUAA